AUGCGUGGUUUAACAUUAAUUACCACUGGUCUGAGCCUACUUGGCCCGGCUGCUGCAAUUCUUGUCGCAGACAAUUCACCUUGUGGGACAGUGUGCGGCAAUGUUCUCGAUGCGACUACCAUUGACGAUGUUGUCUGCCACGAGGGCGAUUAUACUAGUGGUUCAGGCAUCGUCUUUCAACAAUGCCUCACGUGUGAGCAGAACAGCGACUACAGCACCAAGAAUAAUGAAACCGACCAACAAUACUUCCUUUACAACCUCCGUUACGCUACCUCAUAUUGUUUAUUCGGAAUCCCCGAUAACAAUAACACCAUAAACACACCUUGCUUAACUUCAAAAGCCUGUGGGCCAUUCCAGAACUCCAUCAUUUACAAUAACCUGUCUUCGGAGGUCAAGGGUUACGACUACUGCGAUACCUGGCCUGUGAACGACUCGGCCGAUUUUGCUGGAUGUACAGAGUGUCUCCAAGCAGGCGACAACCAUUAUCUUGCCAACUUCAUCACUGUCCUUCAAGCUGGAUGCGAACAACAACCAAAGCCUGGUACCCUUGUCUCUACAGAAGGAACUAUCUUCUCGAGAGACAAUGUCAACGUCACAGAACCAACGCCCGUUGCUUCCGUGGACCCGGACUGGUUUGAUAACGGACCUCUAACACUCGACGCCAAGGUUGGUAUCGCUGCUGGAGGAGUCGUUCUGAUCUUGAUUAUCCUCGGUUUCUGCAUCAUCUGGCGCGGCCGAAGACGCAGAAGGGCAUUCCUUAGCAUGCUGGAAACGAAACAUGGGAACUCCUGGCCGACUCCGCUCACCAUCCCCCACGAGACACGCGACACUCCUCUCAGCCAGAAGCCACUCCGAAGCUGGGACGAGUCACCAAUCAGUGUUCGAUCUGAACAACUGUACCCGCACCAUGUGUCGCCCUUUGCUUCGCAAUAUAGCAGCCCUGUCAGCGCAACGGAACUCAAACUCGCCCACUGGCCAGUCAUGGCGCCCAACCAACAGAUGAGUGCAGCAAUGAGCGGCCACCAGCCAUUCCCACCCAUGUUCCCCUCGAUGUACCAACCAGACCCGGGUAGCUCUCAAAUAGGAGUUGCCUUGGGCGGAGAUGAUUCCUCUGUCAACUCGGGCAACUCCAAGGGCAAAGGGCGACAAGGGGAAGAGUAUGAGAUGACGCCCGUGGAAAACCCACACACGCACGCCGGUAUAGGCAUUUACCAGCCCGAGAUUCAGCACAAUGGCGAACCUAGCCGGACUGCCUUCCCACAGCCAGGAUAUUUCCCAGAAGGACUCACGAAUGUGAAUCAGACUUAUGGACAUCCUAACCCAUCGUAUGGAUAUUAUGAUGAUCACCAGCGAACAGGACGUAGUCCUUAG